UCAAAUGCGGAAGAUGUGUGUUCAGUCAGCUCGAGCGCUGUUUACAGGGGCUCCCUGGCUGUGAAUGCACGUCCACGGACUCACGCUAAACCAAACAAAGCUAUCUGGAUGGAGAUCGUUUGUUACGUAACUUACUGGAAAUAAAGUCUCUGACACGCUGGAUUAAUUUCAGCCCCCCCUCCAUUCACUGUCGUAGCGUGCAUUUGGCCCCUCGGACAGAGGUGGCAUAACCCGAGCCCCCCUGUCCCCUCGAUGCCCAAACAGAGGCGGAGGAGGUCGCUGAGAGUGGCGGUGUUCUCCCGUUCGUCUCCGGUUUGCGACGGAUCAGGGAGAGGAGGUGGAGGAGGAGGAGGACGCGCAGAAAACUUUUCAUCCACAGAGAUUUGUGAUGAUCAAGCACAGAUGGCGGAACAGUUCAGUGGGCAAGCAGGCUGUCUCUCCGACGGUAAACCGGGGAGAGGGUGCCUAGUGCCGCAGGUGACCAUCACGUCUGAUGGGGAUUCACGGGAGAUCACCGAGGAGGAUCUGGAGGAGGAGGUGAACGGACGCUUGCGCCGCAAACUCUCCAACUCCUCCAUCUCCUCCAACGGCUCCUCCACGGCGUUUGACGAGUCGGAGGAUGACAUCCUCAGCGACAACGAGACCAAAAGCAAAGGCAUCGUGACUCUCGAGCAUUUGGGCGACUCGGUGGACUCAGGAGAGCAAAGCAAUGCCUGGUGGAAGCUGAAGACUAUUGUCAAUUGCCCUUUACUGACCUCACAGCGAAGACGAUUGUCCUGGGUUCAGUUAGCAGGCCAUAAAGGCAGCUUUAAAGCAGGCGACGAGGGCUCCAUUCUGAAAAAAUUCUCAGAGAAUGAGAAGCUGUGUUUCGAGAGGCUGAAAGAGGAUGCUUUACAUUCCUUCGUGCCCAGCUACUAUGGUGUGGUUGAGAGAGACGGAGAGCUUUUUCUCAAAAUGAAAGACCUUUUGGCUGAGUUCGAUUUGCCCAACGUCAUGGACUGCAAGAUGGGAGUGAGGACAUAUCUGGAGGACGAGUUGGUGCGGGCAAGGGUGAAGCCAAAGCUGCGUGAAGACUUGUAUAAUAAGAUGCUGGAGGUGGACAGUGAAGCUCCUACAGUGGAGGAGAAGAAACAGAAGGCUGUUACCAAACCACGCUAUAUGCAGUGGAGAGAAAGUCUCAGCUCUACUAACACUCUGGGCUUCCGCAUUGAGGGUAUCAAGAGAGGGGAAACCUGCAACACAGACUUCAAAAAGACCCGGUCAAAGGAAGACGUCAUUCAGGUCUUUAAGGAUUUCGUCGAAGGCAAUAAGAACAUAACUAACUCCUAUAUUACAAGGCUUGAAGAUAUUAAACAGGCACUUAAGGCCUCAGAUUUCUUCAACAAACAUGAGGUAAUUGGGAGUUCACUUCUCUUCAUUCACGAUCACACAGAGAGAGCUGAAGUCUGGCUCAUUGAUUUUGGUAAGACCACACCUCUCCUAGAUGGACAGAACCUGGAUCACUACAGACCCUGGGAGGAGGGCAACCGAGAAGACGGAUACUUAUGGGGCUUGGACAACCUGCUGCAAACUCUUUCCUCGUUGGCCAGGGAGUGACCUUCUUACUGCAAACUUCUGACUGUCCCAGUAACAGCAACGGCAUGCUGAUAGACACUUAUAAACCCUUUGCAGUGCAUUAUAGGGAGGCUACUAGUGACAAAGUCCAUUACUUUACAGUAUUAAGCUGUAAAAGCAUUUCACCAUGAUCAUGGUUUUAAAAAUGAUCAUUUGUUUGUCAUCAUUAUGCAUCAUACAAUUACUCUUCCCCAAAGUCCAACAAAAAAAGGUCAAAAACUAUAUUUAGUUGGUAAAGAAAUUCAUAUGAGGGUAGUGUACAAUUUUUAUUUGCCUACAAAUUAAAUUUCAAACACUUAAGCAUAGACAAUUCAAUCAAACUUUUUAAGAUGAGAAACAAAAUCAGUCAAGCUUGUCCAAUUUUUUGGCUGGGUUUGCAAGCUGGAAUCUAUUAAAAUCAAUUGUUUAUUUCUGCGCACUGAAUAUAACACAGAAUCAAGGUUAGUUGUAUGUAACGUUGUUCCAUGUCUGGGCCUAACAAACACUAGUCAAACAACUGACCCUUCGCAGGGAGCUUUAUUGACAGGUGAUCUGUCCAAUCAUAUCGCCGAAUCCGCUCGUUUCACCAGACAGGAGAGUAUUAAUGUCGGUGGACUAAAACGUGAAAAACGGUGUAUAUUGAUGUCUUUCCAUGGUAUCUUUCUGAUGUUCAUUCAUGUUUAUUUCAUGCGUAAAUAUGUAAAUAUAACAAGAUGAAGUUGUUCAUGCACCGCUUAAACUGAAGCGAUCUGUCACGACACAUCAAAGAGCCAAAAAACAGUACUUACUGUUUGAUUUUUUUUUUUUUAAAUUACAAAAUUUGAAAGCUGAGACUUUGUUUCAUGCCUAAAGUAACUUGCUUUGUCUUGUCUGUUGGCGCAUUGUCAGCUUCCUCUUUUCUCCACGAUGUAGCCUAUUUUUCACAGCGUGAGAACAGCAUGCCAUGUCGGACAUAGCAACAGUAACUAUGGGGGGCAGGUCUUUGCGAAGGGUCAAACUGACGUUGCACAACUGACUGUUUCUAUAGUACCAUCAAACUAGAGUGUACAGUAGGUGCAGCACAUGCAUUGAAGUGCGUUAUGUAGAACAAAUAUACAGCGAUGCAAUGUGAAUGAUGCACAACACUAGUGCAUUUAUAGUACAAUAGGAUGAUAUUAAUCGCUUGGACAGCAAUGAUCAAUCAAGGGUGGUCUUAUAAAUUCUUCGGAUGAUUUUAUGAAUAUAUUGUAUUGGUUUUAUGGUCUCAGAACUUGGGUUGUAAUUUUCUAUACCUACACACCACUGAAAGUGUUUCAUUAUCAGACAAACUUAACCUUGUGACACUAUUUUGUUUAGGGGGGCAGGUGAGUUUUGUUACAGUGUUCCCUGUGCAGUAUGUUUAUGACAAAUAAAUCUGUAUUUCUGAAAUUCA